AGCCAUGAAUAAGUCGGUGUCGCGUUUAUCACCCCUCUUAAAAUCAGCUGUGACGAAGCAAGGGCCUCUAGUAUUGAGUCGCAAUGCAGGUGGAUGUGGUGUUCCUGAGGAUACCUACACUCAUACAGGCCAGAAAUGGGAUACGGAGGACUACAGACUAGCUAGAUUUAUGAACAGCCCCAAGCAAGUAAACCCGAACUGGGCUGUGAACUUGAUAGCUGCAGUGCCGCCUCAGGCAGUUGAUCAAAGUGUGGUAUGGUGUGAUGGAGGCAGUGGACCUGAGGGACAUCCUAGAGUUUACAUCAAUUUGGAUAAGCCAGGAGAGCAUGCUUGUGGAUAUUGCGGUCUACGCUUUGUUCAGACAUCUUCUCACUAAAGUAUAAUAUUAGAAUGAUUUUAAAUUUAACUAUAACAUAGUGAAUGAU